CUUCAAAUUCCUUUGAUCUCCAUCACUUCAAAACCUCUCUCUAUUCUAUUUCAGAAUUCUCAAACCCUUUCAAUGGCCGCAAACGGCUUAGACUUGACCUAUGCCUAUAGAUCAAGAAAACCCAUUUCUUCAACUCCCUCUCUUCUAAAUUCCUUUUUCAUGUCCACCGUCAAUGUCGCCGCCAACUCUCUCGUCUCCGUCGCCUCUAAUGCUAAGAACGAACUUUCCGGCCGGAAAUGGCGACCCGCCGACCACUUCCGGUUCAUGCUUAUGCUUACUUCUUGGUUUACGGUUUGGGUUUUGAGAAUUGUCAUGGAUUGGUUCCCUGUUGCUCUCGCCCCUUCUCGCCGCCUUUUAACUCAUUUCUGUGGCGGUGGCGGCGGUGGUGGGUGUACAAGUUCGGCGCCUUUGCUGUUGACGGCACCACCUUCUUCUGAGUCGUCGUUGUCGUUGUCGUCAUCGAUGUCGGCGUUGGGCUCUUCGGCUUUGGAUCCUCUUUCUAAAUUGGAUUUGGUUCCUUUUGAAAGUAUCGAUUUUGUUGCUUCCUCCGUUAAUCCUCUCACCCGAGCUCUCUCUCAAAUCUUGGCGAUCCUGAACGAGAUGCCGGCGAGUUGCCAGAAGUACCAAUUCACAAUGGCAAUGGCAGAGAAGAUCAUGGAAGAAAACGCCAGAAGCGGCCAAAUCGAGCUUCUACAAGUAAACCGAGCCGCCCUCUCCGCCGCCUUUGCUCGAACCUCCUCAUUUCUCUAUGACUCGCUCCAUCGGACCCGACAAACCGAACAACGAAUCAGAGCCGGUACGUGGCCGUCACGGAUCAUCGCCGCCCUCCCAUUCUCAGCCUACGUCACUCCGUACCUCAAAUUUCUGGAUCUGGCCGUCAGUGCCGUGGGCGCAAUCGUCCCGAAGGCGGAGCCGUUGAACGGUAGGAGAUCGGAGAGGGGAAUCGUGGAGGGGGAGUACGGUGGCGAGGUAGUGGCGGAGAAGCUGGGGCAGGAGUUGGUAUGGAUGGCGGAGAAGCUAGGGGAGUAUGGGGCGGCGGAUGAGGCUAUGGUGCAAUGGAGCUUUGCCGGCGGCUUGGCCUCCGCUUCCGUUGCUUGUAACCCUAGAAUCCAGUGGUGCUUCGUCAAGAUCUCAGCGAUGCUGUUUAAAGAGCUAACGAGCAAAGAAAUGGAGAAGAUGGUAAGACCGGAAGUAAAAUUCAGAAUGCUAUCACUAUGGCUGCCGUUGCUAUGCCACGCUCGAAACGGAUUCACCUUUCCAGCUCUAAUGAGGUUCGAGAAAGACGAGACCGAAAGAGCUGUGAAUCACAUUAUUGGAACCUUAUCACCCAUAGAUCAAGAACUCAUCUUAACAAAUUGGCUCCAGGAUUACGCAAUUUCCGCCUCCGAAUGGCCAAAUCUUCAGCCCUCUUAUGACCGCUGGUGUAAUUCCACUCGAUUACUAGCCGCCUGAAUCUGAUCGGCCGUCGAGGUCUCCAAAUUAUGGCUUGUUUUUGUAAGGACUUCUCUUAGCUUUGAAUUAGGGAUUUUGGAUAUUAAUUAUGUAAUACAUGUUGGGUGGUAUUUUGGUUUUAUUUGUAUGAUUCAAUAAAAUGCACUUAAUUUUAGUUGA